AGUGUUGUACCUUGUUAUAGAAAAUUUGUUAUAAUAAUAAAAAAGUUCUAAAAACAUAUUUACAGUAUGUACACUUGUACCUUGAUAUAAAAGAAUAUAAUAAUAAAAGUUGUUCUAUAAACAUAUUUACAGUAUGAGUUAAAAGUCUCCAUGUUAUUUAUGUUAUUCAGCCAUGCUUUGAUUUGAGGUAGGGUGAUUUAUUAUAAAGGCCGUUUUCAGGCGAUACCACUUCCUGUUUUACGUUCGUGUACAUGUGUCGGUUACAGUGGUACAGGAGUCAUUGACGAUGUAAGUGGGUCUCCUAACAAGAGAAAUGAACGAUCACACGUGUCUAACCUUUAGGACAAUGUAGUAUUGCUCCGAAUGUUCAUUUACAUUCCUUUAGAGGUCCGUUUUCUCGUGUUAGCACGAUCGCGAAUUAGCAUCUUUCCCCAAACUUGUUACCCUGCCCAGUAUUUCUUGUUAACAUGUAACACGCACACACGUAUAAUAUUUGUAUUUUCAAUAUUUAUACAAAAUCUUCUGCAUGCUAUUUAUACUAUUAGUGUAUUGUUUACAUGUUUGAAACCAUUAUUUAAUGUUCUAAUAAUAAAAUAUGCACUUAAAUGGUUUCACGAUGACGUCAUGAUGGCGCCGCGGAUGGCUGCCACGGUGAGUCGCCCUCUACUACUUUGUCUUAUUUUGUGUGUUUUCUGUGUCCUCUGCUGUCCAUCCCAGAUCACUUUUACCAGAGAAGAAUUGUUAAACAUAGGACAGUCUUCUCCUGGUAUUUAUUUUCUCUCCAGUUUUCUCUGAUCCAGACUGUUUGACGGAGAUUUUAGCCGGAGCCGCGGUGCUCUACAAGCUAGCACGUUGAAGACGACGUGGCAAACGCGCCGCAGCCCUCGUCAAGCUGAGGCAGAGAGGGUUCCGUUCUGCCCUACCAUCAAUUCAUCUGGCGAAUGUCCGCUCCCUGGCGAACAAGAUGGACGAACUGCUGCUUCUCACUUCAAGGAACACGGACUUCAGCAGAUCCGCCGCGCUGUGCUUUAUUGAAAUUGUGGCUUGACUGAUUCUCCCCCCCCACCACGCCAUGGAGCUAGCUGGGUUUCGGCUAAUACGUGCAGACCGCAGCGCGGAGCUCACCGGAAAAUCAAAGGGAGGUGGUCUAUGUUUCUAUAUUAAUGAACGUUGGCGUACUGAUGUAACGGUGUUGAAAGAGUCUUGCAAAGGUUUCCUAGAAACACUUCAUAAACUGCCGGCCGUUCGAUUCACCACGGGAGUUCUCCUCGAUAGUCAUGGCGGCUGUUUACAUUCCACCACACGCACGUGCGAGUGAAGCCACGCAGACCAGAUGACAGACAUGGAGAAACUUCAACCAAACUCACUAAUCAUUGUUCUGGAUGAUUUUAACAGGGCGAACCUCGCACACAAACUCCCCAAACAGACAGCACGUAACGUGUCCCACUAGAGAGGCACAGACACUGGACCACUGCUACACCGUAAUAAAGAAUGCAUACCACCAUGUGGCUCGUGCAGCUUUAGGACUCUCGAACCACUGUCUAGUUCAUCUGAUCCUGGCCUACAGGCAGAAAUUAAAAACUUCUAAGCCUGUGGUGAGGACUGUGAGGAAGUGGACAAUAGAGUCAAAGUAGGGCCUCCAAGCCUGCUUUGACUGCACCGAUUGGGGAGUUUUUGAAGCUGCAACUUCAGACCUGCAUGAACUCACUGACACUGUCACAUCAUAUAUCAGUUUUGUGAGGAUCUGUGUGUGCAGACUAAGACCUUCUGCACAUAUAACGACAAACCUUGGUUUACACCAAAUCUCAGGAGGUUGCGCAAAGUCAAGGAGGAGGCUUACAGGAGUGGCGACCGGGACCUGUUCAAGCAAACCAGAAACACACUGAACCUAGAGGUCAAGAAAGCCGGGAGGUGUUACGGGGAGAGCCUGGAGUGACACCGCUCUGCCAAUCCUGAUCCCUCAACAGUGUGGAAAGGUCUGCAGAGCAUCACGGGCUUCAAGUAACCAACCUGUGUCCUGUGGAGAGCCCAAGGCUUGCAAACCAGCUAAACAGAGGCUGCGCCCGCACUCCAGAUCCGCGAGGAGGAAGUGUGCCAGAUGAUCUGGAGACAAAAGGUCAGGAAGGCACCGGGCCCAGACAGCGUGUCCCCUUCAUGCUUGAAAGUCUGUGCUGAACAACCUUUGCACGGAUCUUCAACCGUUCCCUGGAGCUGUGUGUGAGGUGCCCACAUGCUUCAAGAGCUCCAUCGUAUCGGUGGCCAAGAAGCCCACCAUCACAGGUUUGAAUGACUAUAGACCUGUCGCCCUGACGUCUGUGUUGAACCACCCGAAGGACGUCACGGGCCCCCUGCUUGACCCCCUCCAGUUUGCCUACCGGGCAAACAGGUCGGUGGACGAUGCGGUCAACAUGGGACUGCACUACAUCCUGCACCACCUGGACACCCCAGGAACGUACGCCAGGAUCCUGUUUAUGGACUUUAGCUCGGCGUUCAACACCAUCGCUCCUGACAUCCUCCAACAGAAGGUCAUCCAGCUCGCGGUGCCUGCCUCCACCUGUCAGUGGAUCACCAGCUUCCUGACCAACAGGAGACAGCGUGUGACUCCCCUGUGAAGCUCCUGAAGUAUGCAGACGACACCACUUUCAUCGGACUGAUCCAGGACGGUGAUGAGACUGCGUACAGACAGGAGGUGGAGCGGCUGGUCCAAUGGUGCAGCCAAAACCAUCUGGAGCUGAACCCGCUCAAGACCGUGGAGAUGACAGUGGAUUUCAGACGAGACCCUUCACCACUUUUACCCCUCACUAUCCGCAGUAAUACUAUUCUCUCCACAGACACCUUCAAGUUCCUAGGAGAUAACACUGACUCCCAUCAUGAUGAAGUGCUUUGAAAGGCUGGUCAAAGACCACAUCGUCUCCAGACUCCCCCCGACAUUCGACCCGUUCCAGUUUGCCUACCGGAAGAACCGCUCUACUGAGGAUGCCAUCUCCUGCGUUCUUCACCUGAGCCUGGCUCACCUGGAGGAGAGGAACACCCACGUGCGGUUGCUGUUCCUGGACUCAUUCCACAGCAUCUGGUGGGAAAACUGGAACGCCUGGGCUUCAGCACCCCCCUUCGGAACUGGCUGCUAGACUUCCUCACCACAGACCUCAUUCAGUCCGAGUCGGACAGAACACAUCAGAUGUCAUCACCCUCAGCACAGGCUCCCCUCAGGGCUGCGUCCUGAGCCCCCUGCUGUUCACCCUGAUGACACACGACUGCAUCCCCAGGUUCACCACUAAUCACAUCGUGAAGUUUGCAGACGACACAACGGUGGUGGGCCUCAUCAACGAUAACGAUGACCUGGACUACAGAGUAGAGGUGGAGCAGUUGGUGGGCUGGUGCAGAGACAAUGGACUGAUCCUGAAUGUGGAGAAGACAAAGGAGAUCAUCGUCGACUUCAGGAAGAACCAGCCUCACUACGCUCCACUGAUCAUCAACAGCUCAGCUGUGGAGGUGGUCAGCAGCACUAAAUUCCUGGGGGUCCACAUCACAGACUACCUCACCUGGACUGGGAACACCACGACACUGGUCAAGAGGGCACAGAAGCGCUUGUACUUCCUGCGGAGGAUGAGGAGAGCCCACCUGCCCCCACCCAUCAUGAGGACGUUCUACCGAAGCACCAUAGAGAGCAUUCUGACAAGCUGUCUCUCGGUGUGGUGUGGGGGUUGCAGCGCUUCCGAUUGGAAGAACGUAAGGAGAGUGGUGAGGACAGCAGAGAGGAUCAUCGGGGCUCCUCUUCCCUCCAUUCAGGACUUGUCAUCCCAGCGCUGCGUGUCCCGAGCCCGAAAUAUUAUUAGUGACCCAUCACACCCCCACCAAGGACUGUUCUCCCUGCUACCCUCUGGGAAGAGGUUUCGCAGCGUCCGCUGCAGGUCCACCAGGUUCUGCAAUACGGGGCUGUUAAUCAGUUUCAGCUGCAUUGGUGUCGAUGGAAUUAACAACAGGUUCACUAGAGGGGCAACAACGAGAUGGUCCCCAAAACAGGACUGCUUUUGCAGUGAAGGGCGCAGGGCAGCACUGGACUUCUCUCCAACCGCAGCUUGCUGACCUAAAAGACACGGCUAACGGCUAAUGUGCAAGCGUAUGAAGAGACCUCCACUUCUUCAACUAUAUUGCAUGAAGGUUAUGCUAUGCAACAGCAGGGAGAUUAUGCUUCUCUUUGGAAAAUCUUUAUUUUAUAAUACUUACAGUAAAUUUUAAGUAACAUAUGUAUGCAUUUAUACGAAAUAUCUAUAUCCAAUCUAUCUACUGCAAUUUCACAUUAGAUUGCUGGUUUGAAAUGUACUUUUAUUAGUAUUAUUAUUUGAAUAAACCUUUAUUUUAAAACUUG